AUGCAAGUGUCCCACCUCCUUGCGCAGUCUCGGGUGUCGAGCGCAAGAUCCACCACCGAGAGCAUCGAAGGCCGUGCUGCGGGCCACCACCACAACUCAAGGCAUUCGGUCUCAGACUACGAUAUGCUUGCACAUGAGCGCGAUUCCGGCAUGAUGGAUGUCUAUCCAAGCACCGAGACGGCCGCAGCGCACGAUCUCCUGUCGCCCUCCAAGCAGGUGCCGUCAAAGCAGGUCAGCUUCGAGCUCCUGCUGCCUCAGUCUCCUCAACACAGGGCUCGCCUGCCCAUGAGAGUGAACAUAUUCCCGCACGAUACAACUGAUUCGAUCAUCACAACGGUCAAGAACUUCUAUGGGUUGUACGAGCGCAGGGGCGUCAUCUUCGAGGACCGUCAUGGGAAUAUACUGAUUGCGAGGUACGAGAACUUCGACCAUGGCAUGGUCGUCUACGUACGAGUCUCGGCAGAAGACCCUGACGCAGACGACUACUCGCCUGCCCCUCGCCAGUUGACGACCUCCCCACGCCGGUCUCGUCACCUCAUGGAGGACGGCUUCCAGAUGCUCCCACCAUUGCACAACCAACAGCUGGGCUCCAGGUCGGGCUCGCGCUCUGGACGCCAAAGCCAGUCGCCCCAUCCAGGUCGUGAUAGAAGGAGUGCUUCAGCUGCAGCUCACUCCAGGCGUAACCGCCCUUCCGUCAAGAGCCGCGGGAACAGCUCCCACGGCAGCUUCGCGGAACAGCAUGGAGACUACAGUGACAGUGAUGGCGAAGGCUCUGUCACCAGCUCACGUCGCUCUCGUAAAGAGCCUUUGGCAAGUGCCGACAUCAGUGUUGACAACAUCGUCGAGGGUGGUCGUCGCAAGCGAGCGAAGUUUGACAGCUCCGAGUUGCCUCUGUUCGUGCCUCCUCAGGUGCCGAUGACAAACUCCAUAUCGUCCGUCUCUCCUCAGCGCCGUAUCAGCGGCAACAUGGCUGGUUCACCAUACUCGAUGAGCAACCAACAGACGUUCUCCUACUCGCACCCACUUCCAUCCCCGCAGAGUUAUGGGCCGGGUGACAGUUCAUACAUGUCCAACGGGCUCGUGACGCCAUACUCGAUGUCCAGUGGCACAGCCAGCUACAAGCCGCGCCAGUACACGCACCGCUACUCUGGCAGUGGCGGGAUCCUGCCAACCCCUGAGCACACGUUGAGCGUCAUCUCUGACGAGGACGUUGCGCGCCAGUUGAUGCGCCUAGGAGAUGCCUCCAAUUUCUCCACGCACGGCCGGACCUCUACCUCUACUCUCGAUGACACCUUCAGUGGUAAGGCUGAUGCUGCUUCCUCGAGCGAUGAAAGCGACGAUUGCAGUCACAAUGGCAGCGAACUUCCUCCUCUGCCCUACACAAUGGAGCGAGCGAACAACCCUGUGCGUGCUUACGACCACGCUCUGAGCAGUGGAGAUGAGUACGACGACAACAACGAUUCGUUCAAAGGCGAGAGCGACGAGGCUGUGGCUGAUGCGCACAACGAUGUUCGCGUCCAAUUUGGCGCACCCAAGGCCCGCUCUUCGGUUUCCACCAAAUCCGGCAAGCCGUCCAAGCCACGCUCGCUCUCGACAAAGUCCAAGAGCAAGACCAACGGGGCCAGCAAGCCGCCCAUGUCUCCUACCUCGCUGCCUUCGCAAUCGCGCAAGGCUUCGACGGCGUCGAUCAACUUCCAGCACCAGUUCGGUGCCGAGGACGAGGACCUUUCGUCCAAACCACGCUGCCAACGCUGCCGUAAGAGUAAGAAGGGUUGCGAUCGUCAGAGACCUUGCCAGCGUUGCAAGGACGCGGGGAUUGGUGCCGAAGGGUGCGUCAGUGAGGACGAAGGCAACGGUCGCAAGGGACGUUACGGACGCCACAUGGGAGUGUCUGUCAAGACAGCUCCAGCGCCGACAUCCAUGGGCCCUCCGCCCGUGCACGAGCAGCACAACAUGGCGAUGGAGACUUCACAGUUUGCGCUCGCAGCCAGUGCUCUGGAGAAGAGCAAGAAGCGCAAGAGAUGA